UCACCCGCGCGACUGUCUCGAUUCUCGAUUCACAAUGCGUCCUACUCAAAUUCUCCUUGGAGGCGGUGGUGGUGCCCCCAUCGGCAAGCAUAACAACUUCCUGGGCAACUGGGGCAACUUUGGUGGCAUUAAGCAGAAGGGCGUCGUCACUUACGGCAUCGCCCCCAACCGCCAGUUACCCCUCGCCGGCGCUGCCCACGAUGCCGUCUUCAACACCUGGAGGCGUUUCCGCGCGCAGGUCCUCUACUGGGCUCCCCCAAUGAUUGCCGGCUACUACAUUCUGAAUUGGGCCAUUGACCGGAACCACUACCUCAACUCGAAGGCCGGCCGGGCCGAGUUUGGCGGCGAGGAGUAAGGGGCGGAUAACGAGGCAUGACGGGUCGGAUGGAAGCUUUGUGAUAAUUAGACGUCUUUGUACAUCACAGAUGUGGGAGUUAAUAGACGUGGUGGCUGCUCACCGUUCCCUCCGUGCAUCUCCUUUGUGCAUGGCUAUCAUCGAGGCCGCCGUUAUGAGUAUCGGGUUUUCAGGAUCAAUGACGCAGAGCGGACAGAUACAGAGCUUUCGCAAUGC